GAUGGCGGUCGAGAUGCGGUUUCCAAAGCUGGUUCUUUUUGGAGAUUCCAUUACUCAGUCAUCUUUUAGUAAUGGCGGCUGGGGAGCAGUGCUAGCUGAUUAUUUUCAAAGAAAAUGUGAUGUUCUAAACCGUGGGUUCAGUGGCUAUACAUCUGCCUAUAUGAACAAACUCGUACUACCAAGCUUGUUACAACAUGACUUAACACCCAAGGAAUCUCUUGCUGCAGUAGUGAUACUGUUAGGUUCAAAUGAUGCUUGUCUUGAAGGCAAGGAUGAACGCAGCCUGACCAUAGAUGAAUAUGUCAGUAAUAUGAACAGUAUUAUAUCUAAGUUUGUUAAUCAUGGGUUAUCAGUGGACAGAAUUGUAGUGAUGACACCACCUCCCAUCAAUGAAGAAAUGUGGGCGAAGGAAUGUGUUAUUAAAGGUAGGGAAAUGAAUUUAUCCAGCUCAAGAACCAGGUCCUUUGCUAAAGCUUGUGCUGACCUUUGUGCAAAGCUUGGUGUAGAGGUUAUUGAUCUCAAUGGUGAUAUGCCAAAGGAGGAGAAUUGGUCAAGAUAUGUCAGUGAUGGACUUCACCUAUCAGGAGAAGGGAACCAGUUUGUUGCUUAUAAAUUAAUCCCAGUACUGGAAGCCAAACUAGGACAUCUUCCUCAGCUCUUUCCAGAGUGGAAAGACAUUGAUCCCAAACAACCUGAAAAACAUUUAGGAGAGGAUGUCAGCAAAAAUCGAACAUACGCCGGCAACAGUCGAAAAAUCGAAUUUUCUCAUAUUUUAGCAUUAGGAAGACCUUGAUGCGAUAUAACCCGUGGUAUACUUCAUUUGCCAAAAUAUCGCUUUAUUUCCGAGAAAAACGAGGAAAACCAAUUUAUGCAUAAUUGACCCUCUGAGAGAGC